AUGCAGGGGAGUUCGAAUGCAGUGGUGAUAGAAACCCUAAGAAAUAAGGGUUGGUAUUUGCAAGACACCGACGAUCUUAAGGCAAUCAUCGUUAUUCAAACUGCACUUGCCGAUCACCCUUCCAACGUCUUACACUCCGUCGAAUCGGAGCUCCUCAAUUCCGACCUCAGAUCCAUCGGAGCCAAAUCCUUGCCCGAACCAUCUCUUCUUCGUAACCCUUCUUUUUACCUCCAGGGACCCAAAGUUCUUCAGAUAUCUUCGGUGAGGGACAUAUCCAUGAGCAGUGUGGAUAACCUUUCAAGAAAUUCAAGUGGUCGACGCGUUCUGAGAUUGUGUCUCACAGAUGGUCACUCCGAGAUAACUGCUAUAGAAUACUCUCACAUUCCAUUCUUACCUGACAAUGUUGUUCCCGGCACGAAGAUUCGUUUGGAAAAUAAAGUUCCGGUUCGUAGCAGUAUAGCUUGCUUAAAUCCCAAAGUAUUGACUGUAUUAGGGGGUGUUGUUCAAUCACUACAUGAAGAAUGGCAGAUGAAUCAAAAAUAUGCAGGCUUCUCUCGGUCAUCUUUAAGGCAGCUAGAGGAUCGUGAUACAGGUGGUCCUCCUCCAUUCGUGAAGCUGCAGGUUGGAUCUAUCUCAGGUUAUGCAGAUGAGAACUCUAGAAGUAGGAAGCCCAUUGCUGGUACUGGUAGAGAUGAGAUGAGGCCAACUGGUAUCCAGCAAGACCGAAAUCUGAAAGAAGAUAUUAUGGACACAAAUCUAAGAUCCAAAUUGCCUCCAGAACGAGCUGAAGACAAACCUAGUAGUUCAGGGUUGAGGCCAAAAGAAAGAGCUGAAGACAAACCUAGUAGUUCGAGUACAAGGCCAAAAGAAGUUGUGGAAUCUGUUCCUGUGCAAAAUCAAGCAGCUGCCCAAAAGUUACUUCAGAAACUGAAUCAACCGAAUCAGCAUGGUCGGCAUUCUAGGGGUCGGAGACAUAGGGGAAAAGAUCAAGAAGAAGAUGAAGUUGUAUUUACUCUUGAAGAAUUUGAAAAAAGAAAGACCCAAGUAAAGCCUUCUUAUAAUGACGAGGCUCUAGAUAUUAGCCGUGAUGAGUAUCUUGCUAGGCAGCUUCAGAAUCAAUUUAACCUUGAACAUUCUCAGGUACAAAGGGGUCCUCAUGAAUCUGAAGCAGAUAAUAUUCGAAUGAAUAUGUUCACAUAUGAAAAGGAUUCUGAUGACAGCUAUCAAACGGGAAGAGGAGGAAGAGGUAGAGGUAGAGGUAGAGGAAGGGGUAGAGGAAGAGGAAGAGGGAGGGGAAGACGUGGUUAA